ACAUUCAUUUCUACUACAGAAAGACACCGGUGAUCAUGUGAUAGUGGCCCUCACGAGGUCCCAUAGAUCGCCACUCUGACGACAGACACCUCAAGCGCAGACUAUUACGUUCGUUCUAUUUCCUAGUACUGAUACAACAUACAAUUAACUUCGACAUGCGCCUACCCACGAAGCAGUUCGCCGUUCUAUUGGCAUGCGCCGGCGUCGGCUCUUCACUCCAAGCAGAUAUUCCCGCCGACUUACCUGUUGCGUCGCUUAUUUCCUCUGCAAAAUCACAUCUUGCCACGGGCUCUCCUCGGGAUGCCUUGGCAUAUUUCGAUGCGGCCGUCGCCCGGGACCCGACCAACUACUUGACCAUAUUCCAACGAGGGGCUACAUAUCUUUCCCUCGGCAGGGAUACGCAGGCUAUUGAUGAUUUCAACCGUGUACUCGAGCUCAAACCAGACUUUGACGGUGCUUUAUUACAGCGGUCUAGAAUCAAGAGCAGAAGUGCGGACUGGAACGGCGCCAAAGCAGAUCUCGUCAAAGCUGGAAAGAAAUCUUCGCCGGAGUAUGUCGAACUUGAGGAGGCCCAAACGGCCGAGAAGGCGGCCGAGCACGCAGCGGCCAAGGAAGACUGGGAAACAUGUGUUUCGCAGUCGAGCGUGGCUAUUAUGAAAGCUAGUGUAGCUCUCAAUCUUCGACGACUUCGUUCACAUUGUCGUUUCGAGAAAGGGGAUAUUCAGGAAGCCCUUGGCGAUUUGGCACAUAUACUACAGAUCUCUCCUGGAUCUGUGGAACCACAUUUACAAAUAUCCUCGACAUUAUUCUUUGCUUUGGGAGACCAGGAACGAGCCAUUGCACAAAUCCGAAAAUGUCUUCAUUCAGAUCCAGACUCGAAGUCGUGUAGUCGGCUGUUCCGCAAAGAGAAGCAGUACGUCAAGAGCUUGAAUAAACUGAAAGAGUUCAUGGAGAAGCGUAAAUUUACCAACGCGAUUAAUCUUUUGGUUGGAACCAAGGACGAGAGUGGGAUGAUUGAUGAUGUCAAGGGAGACGUCAAGGAAGCCCGAGAAGCAGGACAUAUUCAUCCCAAUGCUCCUGAUGAGCUCUACACGUCCUUGGUCGAGACUACGUGCGAAGUAUACCGAGCUAUGAACUCGAAAAAAGCAAAGACCUACUGUGCUGAUAUCCUAAAACUCAAACCACACUCGUUGCAUGGUCUUUUAUACCAGGCUCAAACCCUAAUUGACGAAGACGAAUUUGAACGGGCAAUCAACACCCUAAAUACUGCCAAGGAACACCACCAAGGCUCCCGAGAAGUCCAAGAGCUUCUUCAAAAGGCUCAAGUCCUACUCAAACGAUCCAAACAAAAGGACUACUACAAGGUACUUGGUGUCAGUCGUGAUGCAGACGACCGAACAAUAAAACGAGCAUAUCGACAACUCACUAAACAGCAUCAUCCGGAUAAGGCCAUGUCGCAGGGUGUAACCAAGGAGGAAGCAGAGAAGAAGAUGGCUGCAAUUAAUGAAGCUUAUGAAGUUCUUUCGGACCCCGAGUUGAGAGCUCGGUUUGAUAAUGGUGAUGAUCCUAAUGAUCCAGAGUCGGGACGAGGGGCUCCUUUCCAGGGACAUCCGUUCGCUGGGGGACGAGGAGGAAGUGGUCAGCAAUUCUUCUUCCAACAGGGUGGUAGCGGUGGAGGAGCUCAGUUCAAAUUCAACGGCUUUCCGGGGGGGUUUCCAGGAGGCUUCCCAUUUUAGAAUACUCCAUGUAUUUUAUUGUCAAGACAAUUCAAUAUAUCCUUUUGAAUAUGGCAUCACAUUCUGAUAAUUCAAAUCCUCUGAAGAUAUAACAAACUACGAAGCUACUUUGGCGCAUCUGUCAAAGGCACAUAACUAACACCAAAGACCUUCUCCUUCACCACCGUCCCAUCAGCUUUCUUAUCCACAACCCAAAUAUACUGUCCACCACCCAAACCCACAUGACUUAACCCAUCUUCCCCUUCCUCCGACUCAACAGGGAUAAACAUUCUUCCAGGUGCUUUCAACUGCUCAAUAAGAGGAGCAUGAAGCUCCACCGCCGCAGCGCCUACAUGAAUAGCAUCAUAUGGGCCCCCUUCCGGCCAACCUCUUCUCCCAUCACCGCAGACAAAUUGCACUUUGCCCGACUUUAGAAAGUUGCGUCCAUCCUCGGAUUUGCCCAUAUUUUCCCGGGCGAGGUCGACUAGUUCUUGGAUAUGUUCGAUUCCGAUUACGUGCCCAUCUGCAUCUGUUGGGGGUGAAGAGGGGUCUGUUAUUAGGUUGGCGAUUACGUGCGUCAGAUAACCUGAUCCAGAGCCUAUGUCUAGCACGCGUGAGCCUGGGUGGAGGAAGUCAAUUAGAUAUUCGCAGGCGUGGCCGUGCAUAUGUGGUGCUGAGAUGGUUGCGCCAUAUCCGAUGGGUUGCGGGGAGUCGGAGUAUGGGCUUGAUGGGGCAUAA